AUGUUUGAUAUUCCAACGAUUUUAUCAUUAUUAUUUAUAUUAUGCACUAGGGUAUGGUCACUGCAAACUGACAGUUUUGAAGAAUUCUAUAAUUAUGUAGAAAGCAAUUUAAAUUACGAAAACCAGUAUGUGCUGCCAAAGAAUAAUAGAGACCUAUUCGAAACUAGUGAAGGAACUAUCCAUGUUCUAGGAUCCUACGAUUUCAUCAUCGUGGGUGGUGGAUCAGCUGGAUCAGUAUUAGCAAGUCGACUAUCGGAAAUAAAGAAGUGGAAGAUUCUCCUACUAGAAGCUGGAGGUGAUGAAACUGCAUUUAGCGAUAUUCCUGGAUAUGGACCCAAUUUAAGAUCAAUGAACUGGGGAUACAACACCACCACUCAGAAAACAUGCUGUUUAGGAAUGCAAAAUCAGCAAUGCGAGUAUACGCGUGGCAAAGUUCUUGGUGGAUCAAGUGGAACCAAUGCAUUGAUGUACGUAAGAGGUAGUUAUGCAGAUUUCGAUGAAUGGCAAGCUUUAGGGAACUCUGGAUGGUCUUAUCAAGAUGUACUCCCAUAUUUCAAGAAAUCAGAACACAUUGAUAUUAGCGGGUAUGAUGUUGGAUACCAUGGCGUUGGUGGACCUCUCCAUGUGAACUACACAGUACCACCAUCGAUAAUAGCGGACACUUUUAUAGAAGCUUGUAGACAAAAGGGACUGGAAGAGGUAGAUUAUAAUGGUCGAAAUCAAAUGGGUGUAUCAAAGGUUCAGUUCAACAUAAAUUUCAAUAAGAGAGCCAGUGCUUCCCGCGCAUUUAUAGAUCCUAUCAAGGGCUCUCGAAAGAACCUGAAUAUAAAAUUGAAUACCCUUGUUGUGAAGAUUCUAGUGAACGACACAGUUGCAUAUGGUGUAGAAUACAUUGAAGGAGGAAAACGAUACAUUGUUAAAGCGAAAAAAGAAGUAAUCCUAGCAGCAGGCAGCAUAAAUAGUCCCCAGUUGUUAUUACUAUCUGGACUUGGACCAAAGGCUGAACUAUCUACACUGGGUAUACGGGUUAAGAAUGAUUUACCAGCAGUAGGAAAACACUUGAAGGAUCACCCGUUUUUCAUCAAUCUUUUUUUCAGAACUAAUCUAACAGCAACGAAUCCAACUUUGAGAGAAAAUCUCCAUAGAUAUUUGAUGGGAGAUGCACCCCUUACCAGAUAUAAUGGACUGGAACUCAUAGCAUUCAUUAAUACAACAAAUCAUACGCAAAGUCCUCCAAAUAUAGAAUAUAUUUUGACACCUCCACCAUUGAAUCUUCCCUCACACAUUUACAACACCAAUGACGAUUAUUCUCAAGUUCUUCAGGGAUACAAUACAACCACUGAUUUUUUUACUGGAGUAAUAUUGCUGAAACCCAAGUCUGAGGGAUCAGUUACUUUACGUACAAAUAGUAUGUUGGAAUUUCCUUUGAUCGAUGUGAAAUAUUUUUCUGAUCCCGAGGGGCAUGAUAUCGAAACAAUGUACCAAGGUAUAAAAUACUUUGUGAGUUUGACAGAAACACCAGCAUUCAAGAAAAUAAAUGCAACCCUCAUAAGUAUUCAUCCUGGAUGUGAAGAACUAAGAAAGAAUCCUUUGGAUAGAGAUUAUUGGUACUGUGCAAUCAGGCACGCUACUUCAACAAUUUAUCAUCCUGUGGGAACAACAAGGAUGGGAAGUUCUUCACGAAACUCUGUUGUGAAUAACGAGUGUAUAGUGCAUAAUAUGAAAAAAUUGAGGGUUGUAGAUGCAGGAGUAUUACCUGAUAUUGUGAGGGGACAUACUAAUGCAGUUACAAAUAUGAUUGCAGAAAAAAUAUCUGAUGUUAUCAAGACGCAUUAUGGAGGAAAAUGA